GGGCUGAGAGUGGAGGUUUCUUGGGCGUGGGCAUGUGUCGAUCAUCUUCUAUGAACUUCCUAGCUGCCGUAAUACAAGCCUUGGCACCGGGCAGCACGCGGCUUUACUGUGCAUCCAGGUUUCGUCAUCUUCUGUCAGGCAAGCACAAUCCCGUGGACCCCUCCCCAGCCACCGCGUCUGCCUUCUUCUCUCUGCGACGAGUGCUGUCGCGCCCAUCUUCUCCGUUACCUCGAAGGCUGUGUAUAUACACGGCGCGCCCGUGACCACGUUCCGUAGCCGUUUUGUAGGCACCCUGAGCACAUACUUACAUACGCCCGCCGCAGUUGUUCAUCUAUCCUGCGCGCUGACCACACUUCCACGGAUAACAGUCCCCUUCAUUCUCGCACCCACAUCUAAGUCUCGCGCCAAGGGACUUGCUAUUACUUGCAUUGCCUACUACU